UUCACUCAGAGCUCGGCAUUAGCUUCAGCUGCAGCGGUGGUGCUUCUGUCGUUUAUCUGCGUGUCCUGCACAGCUGCAGAGAGUACAGUGAGAUGAUUGAACUGGGCUCAGUGGAGGAGGGCAGCAGUCUGAUAGAGGAGCUCAUAGAGUUAACAUCUCAAAGUUUAUGCAGGCUGGAGAUUAAAGAACAUUUCAACAUUGUUAAAGAGAUCGGCCGGGGCAAGUAUGGCCGUGUGAUGCUGGUCACCCACCUGUGUAAAGGAACGCCAAUGGCCCUAAAAGUGUUGCCCAAAGCUUCGACCAAACUGCAAUGUUUCCUGAGAGAAUAUUGCAUCUCACUGCUGCUGUCAUGUCAUCCCUGUAUCGUGGGCCUGUUCGGCAUCGCCUUUCAGUCAAACGAGCACUACGGGUUCGCUCAAGAGCUGGUCGAGGGUCGAGAUCUCUUCGCCAUCAUUCAGCCACGGGUGGGCAUCUCAGAAUGUGCAGUCAAACGCUGUGCGGUCCAAAUCUCCAGCGCUCUAGAGUUCAUCCAUCAGCGUGGCCUGGUGCACCGCGAUAUCAAACCCGAGAACAUUCUCCUACUGGACAACCACUGCCGGCGAGUCAAGCUGGCUGAUUUCGGCCUCACCCAGAGACACGGAACCUUCAUCCGUUACAUAUCGGGCACGCUGCCGUAUAUGGCCCCUGAGCUGUGCGCCAUGGUCAUGGAGGAAGGCCAGACGGAGGUGAAAGCUCCUCCGCUCAGCGUGCAACCUAGUUUAGACACAUGGGCGUUUGCCGUUCUGCUUUUCUGUAUUCUCACUGGGUUCUUUCCUUGGGAGCGCUGCCUUGACGGCGACGAUUUCUAUGAGGAGUUCGCAGACUGGCGCAGGGCGCCCAAUACGUCCUCCGUGCCAUCUCAGUGGAAAAGGUUCACUCCCAUGUGCUUGGAGAUGUUUAAAAGGAUGUUAGCGCUGGAUGCCAGUGACAGGUGCUCGAUAGGGGAGGUCAAAGGUUAUGUGGUCGAGGACUGGGUCAGAGCGAAGGACAUCAACGGAUGGGUGGGGGGAAACGGGGAGGUCGGCACCCGCACACCGAGUCCUUGCAGAAGCAGCCGCAGUGGUGAAUAAUGAGUCAUGCGAUUCAUGGAACAGCAAGAUUUGGUGCUUCCGGUACAAAACAGGUUCCUAUAGACUUUUUAUUAUCAAUACAUUUCCUCCUGAUUUUCUUUUCCUCCUGAAAUCUUUCACUUGUCCCUUUAUGACCUUUUCAUGUAACCCCGGUCAUUCAUCAUUCACACACAUACAGAAAAUAGCACUGCAACCAUCUCGGUCGAACUUUCAAUAAUCUCCUGGCAUCUGUUACAGUUGGUGAGGUAUUGAUGGAUCCUGACGUGGUGUUUGUUUUGGUCCCGCUCCAGAGAGACUGUCUCGGUGGGCUGUCGUCGUUCUGGAGGUCAGGGGGUGAUGUUGAUGAACUCCUGAGCUCAGCAGCUCCUUUUGCUAUGCUGCAUAUUUAGGGAGUUACACUUACCAAGAUUGUGUUACCUCCAUCCCUCUAGGGUGGCCCACACACUUAUCAUCAAAGGUCUUUAU